AUGAGGCCGGGGGAGCCUGCAUGCCAUCGCAAAGAGCUCUUGAGCCGCCUUAAAGGGCGGAUCAGGCCUCGUGUGGGGCCUCCCCUGACCCUCGCGGCGGUUUUGGAGGCCGGUCGCCCCGCAUGGGACGGCCGCAAGCUCUCGGCCGUGGAUUGCGGCAUCGGCGCCGUCGGCACAGUCCCGCCCGAGUACAUCCAUGCAACGACCCUGUACCUGAGUAAGAACCUGCUGCAGAGCUUGGAAGGCAUCCAGGCGUUCCGGGGCCUGCGCGCCCUGUCCCUGGGCGACAAUCCGCUGUCGACGCUGGACAGCCUGCGGCCCCUGGCCGCCCUGCCCCACCUCGAGUCCCUGCACCUCGACGGCUGCCCCGUGGCCAGCCUGCCCUACGCACGCGCGCACCUGGUGGCGACCCUGCCAUCCACACUGGCCUCGCUCAACGGCGCCGCAGUGACCCCGGUCGAGCGAUCUGCAGCGCCCGCGCUGCUUGCCACCGAGGCGCGGCUGCUGGGCCUGGCGCGGCGUGGCGCGCGCGGCGCGCACGCCCUGCGCCGCGUGCUGCUGCUCACCAGGCUUCAUGCCGAGCUGCGUGCGGAGCUGGGCGUGCGCUGCGCGGCGGUCGCCAGCGGCACCGCCCGGCCUCCGGACCCGGGCCGCCUGCUGCGCCUGUGGGCCAGCGGCGCCGAGCCGGCGCCCACAGCCCAGGAGAGCGCGGCGCUGGACGCGGCGCUGCGGCGCGAGGCACAGCGCGCGCACCGCGCCGCCGGCGGACGGGACUGCGCGGCCGAUUGGCGCGCCGCCUACGCGCGCGUGUUGGCGGCGCAGCAGGCCGCGGCUGCGCAGCUGGCGGAAGGGCUGGAGCGGGAGGCGCAUGACGCCGCGGCUCGUGGCGCGACCUCCACCCGCCCGCCCUCCCCGCGCAAGGCGCAUGAGCUGGAAAGGGAGGCGGCGGCGGGCGCCGCGCAGCGCUGGGAGCGUGAGGCCCUGGUGCGGGAGCUGCGCGACAGGCUGGGCCGCCCCAGUGGCGUGGAGGGGAGUGGGGGCAGCGGAGCAGUUUCCUCACAAAAGCUUCCCCCGGGUCUGGCGAGGGAGGCCGAAGGGAGAGCGGAGGAAAGCGGGGAGGUCUGGAGCAUUGCAGCUGCCCGGCGCAGACCGGGCUGUGAUGCCAUGGCCCGAGAAGGGCAGGAGUCUCACGGAGCAGCGAGCGGGGACCAGGCCAGGAGCCCUGCGCCGGGAGGCACGGAGGCCUGCCCAGAGCGGUGGAUCCAGAAUCCGCUGGGCAAGGGGGGCGGGCUCCCCUGCAGCACCGGGUCCAGGAGUGCAGCUGCGCUCGGGCCACGAGAUUCCCAGCCUUCCCACACAGCCAACACUGAUGCUGCCCGAGAAUCUACUGGCCGAGCAUGCAGGGAACCAUGCCCCCUUCCGCAGCCCUGGAGGAGCACUUACUAUGCCAUGCAGACCGGGGCCCCUCAUGAAUGCGACGACCAGGGAACGGAGAUGGAGGAGGGGUUUGUCACCAUAGCCCUGGCACGGCGCGGUCAGCAGGAGGCGGAGGCACACUCCAGGGAGCUGCUGGGCAGAGUGGCCCUCCUACAGAGCGCACUGAAGCGGGCCACGACAGAUGCGAGCGUGGCAGAGCGGCUGAGUCUGGAUGCCGCGCAGCGACACCGUGCUGAGGUGGCGGUCCUCAAGUCCACCAUCCAGGGUCUGCGGCAGGCCCUGGAAACCAGUGCCCCCCCCGUCAGAGUCGUCAUACGCGUGGAUCAGAGCGAGGAGCUGGAGGCGGAGAUGGCCGCCUGCCGGGCCCUAAGGGCUCUGUGCGAUGACCUGGAGAAGGAGCUGGGGUCCAGGCAGCAGAGCACAGGGCGUGAACUUGCCAGUGCGGCCCUGGCCCGCCAAGCGCUGGCCCGACGCUGCCUGCUGACCUGGCGCUGGCGGGCUCGGCGGGUCGGCAUGCUGCGCCUGCUGGGCUACCAGGCCACGGCACUUGGCGAGCAGCGCCGGCUGGCCGCCUUGCUGGCGGGCUGGAAGGCUGCCGUCCGGCGGGAGGCGGCUUGCCGCCGCCUGCGCUCGGCCCGGGGCGCAUGGCUGCUGGCCGCCGCCUGGCGCGCCUGGCGCCUGCGUCAGCGCCAGACCCGCGUGCUCGCCGAGUUGGAGGCUGGCGCGCGGCGCCACGCCGAGGCCGCGCUGGCGCGCCGGGCCGCCAGGGCCUGGCAAGCCCUCUGCAUGGACGAGCGCCAGCUGGCGCCGGAAGACCUGCCGCCGGAUCUGGCCGCCGAGGUGGCGAGGCGGUCUGUGCGCGCGGUGGCGCGGCAUGCGUAUCAGCGCUGGCGGCAGGCCGGGGAGGAGGCGCUGGUCAUCUGGGAGAGGAAGGAUGCCAGGCGUGUGAGGCUCGCGCUGCUCACCUGGCGUGGCGAGGCCCUCCGCGACGCCGCCACCCGCGCCCGGCUCGAGCUGGAGGGGUCUCGUGCGCAGCUGACGCAGGCGGCGUGGGCGCUGCAGCACAGCAGGAUGGAGGGCGGCGAGCUGGCGCGGGAAGUGGCCGAGGCGGGCGCCAGGGAGGAGGCUGCCAGGGCACGGGUGAGCGAGGCCGGCGAGGCCCUGUCCGCCGCGCUGCAGCAGGUCGCCGAGCUGCAGGAGCGGCUGGCUGCGGCAGAGGUCCAGGAGGGCCGGCUCUGGGCGCGAACCCACUCCUUGGAAACUCGACUGGCUUCUGGGCAGGAGGAGGCGUCGGAGCGGGAGCGGAACGGCGAGGAGGAGCGGCGGGGGCUGCUGGCGCGCCUGACCGCCGCCGGCGAGCGGCUCUGGAGGGCGGGGAGCGGGGUGCACGAGCGGCCGGGGCGGCGCUGGAGGUCCAGGUGCCAGGUGGAGGAUCUUAACGCUCAGCUGGCAGCAUCGUCGGCGCAGCUGGAGGAGUGCCGCAAAGUGCUGAGGGAGCGUGGGCGCGGGGACCAGGCCACCAGGUGA